GUCUUGACUGGACGUUUUUGUUUUGUUCAAUAUUUUAUUCAAUUCGAAUUACACCAAAACCAUUUUCUAAGUGCUUUUCCAGUAUUUAGUCUUAUAGGUGUUUUCUACGGAUAGAAAAAUGGAUCCAGCCUUGCUGAGAGAACGAGAACUCUUCAAAAAACGAGCUCUGGUAACCCCUACAGUAGAAAAAAAGAAAACAGAAGCAAAACCUGAACCAGUCCGAGAUGAGAAGAAAAAAUCCAAAUCAAGCUCAGCCAGCAGUGCUCCAAAACUAGACAUCAAUAGCUAUAAAACAGCCACAGGUAGUUCCCAAUACAGAUUUGGCGUAUUAGCCAAAAUAGUUAAACAUAUCAAACAGAGACAUCAAGAUGGUGAAUCAUUUCCUUUAUCUCUAGAAGAGAUUUUAGAUGAAACUAAUCAAUUAGACGUUGGUAAUAAAGUAAAACAAUGGCUUCAAACGGAGGCGUUAGGCAACAACCCAAAAAUCGAAGUAACUCCUGACCAAAAAUAUUUUUUCAAAGCCACUUAUAAAUUGAAAGACCGUAAAAGCUUGUUGAAAUUAUUAAAGCAACAAGAUCUGAAAGGUUUGGGCGGGAUUUUGUUAGAAGAUGUUCAAGAAUCUCUGCCUCAUUGUGAAAAAGCUCUAAAGAUUCUGAGCAACCAAAAUGAUAUAGUUUUUAUUGCUAGACCAAUAGACAAAAAGAAAAUAUUAUUUUACAAUGACAGGACAGCACAACUGCCUAUCGAUGAGGAAUUUCAAAAGUUAUGGCGUUCUGUGGCUGUAGAUGCUAUGGAUGAUCAAAAGAUUGAAGAGUACUUAGACAAACAAGGAAUUAGAUCCAUGCAAGAUCAUGGUCCCAAAAAGCCAGUGGCCAUCAAAAGGAAAAAAGCAGGCCAAAGAAAGAAGACUUUCAAGAAACCCAGAGACAACGAACAUUUGGCUGAUGUAUUGGAAACUUACGAAGACAACACACUUACCCAAAAAAAUGCUGUUUAGUUUUAAGUUGUAGGGAAUAAAAACAAUUAUAAUAUAAAAAGAAACUUAAUUUAUUAUGAAAAUAUAAAAUAACCUAAAAAAGUGACUACAAAAAUAUUUAUACACGCAUAGGGUGUUACAUGGCUUAAAAUGUAAAAAUACACAAUAUUAUUAGACUACAUUAAAUGGUUACAAGUUUGCUUUUCAAGCAGGAAAAUCAUAUAAAACAAGCUCACCAUGUUUUAUUACAAAUAAACAAAACAUCCUUUUUUUGAUUCACUUAUAGUAACUUUCAAAUAAAACAAAUAAAAAUUUUGACUCUAGAUCGUCUUGCGCCGUCAAAAAUCGCAUUUUAUGGGGUUCGUCAAAUUUAACCCCAAAAACUCGCAUAACUAAAAAACUAUUCCGAUUAUUCUUUGACUUUUUUCUUUUAUCACAGGCAAUUUGAGACCUACCAAUAUAACACAAUAGAGGAGUGAUAUUGCAACUCAUUCAGGACCAUAUUGUAAAUAAGUAUAUACAUUAUAAUGCAGGGUGUUCUACCAAAUGUCUACAGUUCUUGAAGUUGCGGACUUCUACUUUUUUUUUUUUAUGGUUCCUGUGUUCAUUUUAUAGCUGCCACUUUGACAAUAUUAUAGAAUAUAAGGGCUUAAAGGAUUGGAAAUAUGGUAAUGAAGAUCAUUGUAUGUUGAUUGACAUUAUCUCUAGUGAUGAUCGAAGACUAUCAAACAAAAAACACUCCAUAUCAUAAUGUAAAAUGAGCAACUUGCAGAACCUUAGACACUUCAAUAACAAACAAUACACCCUGUGAUGAUAAUAAAAUAUGAAAUAGAUUUUCAAGAAUAAAAUAAUAUUUUUGGUCAAUAUUUUAAAAAAACAAUACAUUUUUAUAAUAGAGCUUAUCAUCUGGCAAAUGGUGUAUCUGAUGUUAAGGCAAUUUCUUAUCUGAAGAAAUUGAAUGUAAAUGAAAACAGAACUAAUCCAUUUUCAAACGUCAGUACCCAAUACAUAAGUCGAAACACCAAUUUCAACAUCCUUUAAACAAAGUCUUCAAUGUAGACUCUCCAUUACACUUAAUUAAAUUAUCAUUUUAACAUUAGAUUGGGUGUGUAUAACAUUUAGAACAUCCUAAGUAUAUCACAACUAGAGUAAAUAUAAAUGUAAAUAGCCUUAAUUAUUAUCAAUUAUAAGUAAGGAUAUCAAAGUUUGAUACAAUUUGUAAUGAGUGCACUUUUGCUUUAUUGUUACAAAAAGCCUCAUUUUCACAAAGAUAGUUAAAGUAUGAUUCAUAGAUAAAUUGAUAUAUAUGACAACAUUGCUGUUGUCUAUUUUGCAAUGGUUUGUUUAUCAACUUACGCAAGAUUACUCUCAAUUAUUUAGGGGCUCUUUCAAUUUAGUAAUAGACUAGUAUUGAGUUCUUGUUUUUUUUGUCUAAUAUAAUCGGCUUGAGUAACCAAGUUUUCAAAAUGUAGACAAAAACUCCAAGGCUCAGUUUCAUAAUUGGUGGUAAGUAACUUGCACUGGUUAUCAAACUCAUAGUUGCGGGUUGACUACAUUGAAUAUUCUGAAGCUUGACCAAUGGUUUUGGCUAAACCACACAUUAUGAAACAGAUAUAUUGUAGGCUACCACUGUUUGUGAAACUGGCCCUAAGGAGUUUAGAUUAGAAUAAAAAGGGACCAUUGCAUUUAUAUUUUUAAAAAAAUGGGAUUUUCAAGGAAACAGCAAUCUUUACCAAGUAGAAGUAGAUAGCACUGUUUCAUGAGAGUACUAACAUCGAGAAAAUGGGGCUUUGUGCUUAGAAAAUGCAUAAUAUUUUUACCAAAUUAUAAUUCAAAAAGGUUGAAUUUUUAUUAAAAUUGCAAACCCGAAAUGUUGAAAAUAUAGAAACUAAUUUAUUCGUGCUUCUAGGAUGGUUCAAGCCAAUUUUUUUUAUAAACGUUAAAUCACAUCUUAUGGUAUUUGAUUGGUCACAAUUUGACAAUAAAAAACUUUUAAUUUAUGUAAGCUGUGAUCUGUCAAAUUGGGACCAAUCCGCACCUCUUUUUGCUUCAAAGAUGGAUCACAUUCAAAUUUUCUAAGAAUUUUUCAAGUUUCAAUUUCAAAAAUCACAAAAUAAAAUAAUUUUAAAACUUAAAACUAUCUGCAUUUAAUUUAGAAUUGCCCCUGUCUGGCCCCGAAAAGUUGUUCAUAGCUACUACAGCGAUAAAAGUAGUGAAAGAAAAUGCCACACAACUGUCAAUUCUGUGUUAAAAAAAAAAAAAUUGUAUAGCCUAAACACUCGACGGCAGUCUUUGUCUUAUUUACAUUUUUGUAAGUAGGAAACACUCGUGGACAAUUUGAAUCAUCAUUUUUAGAAAAAAAAUCCAUGGUGACAAAUUUUCACAGUUGCAUGGCAUAAUAUUAUUAUCAAUAUGUAGUUAAAAACAUCUCUACACUACUAAGUCGGCUAAAAUGAACACGUGUGUGUGACUGCUGCCAGUGUAGCUUAUGCGACCCCCAAAAUCCUGACUAGGACGGAGGCGGUGGGGAGACUGAGGGGCGACGCCCUCAGAGUAUCACGCAGCAGCGACAGUAGCGCUGUCGCGAAGCACCGGCAGUAGGUGGAGGCGUCACUGGUGCAAAAUAGGCGUGAACUUUGAUGUUCGGCAAGUGAUUCUACAUGGUAAAAUUUCUUAGUUUGCAAAAGUUAAUUAUUCAAAGAAAAUUCUCACCCUAAGUCUUUUUAUUCCUACUCUUGUGAUUAGCUGACAGUCAUACAGUUCGACUCUUUGUAAAUUGUGACAGGAAGUGAGGUGCUCCAAAGAAGCGUCAGUGAUUAGAGGACAAUUGUCUAGUUCGAGAACUGUUAAAUUUUCUGCGGCGCACGGGGACAUCGACAAGUGACGGAUUCCUUCGUCUGUUAUCAGCUCGCAGUGCGAUAAAGUCUG